GUGGUCGGCGGUAAUUUUUAGAGGUACCGGGACACCGAAGAUGUUGGCAUUCGUUCCAAACAUCUCGUGGUGAUAGCGUGUGCUCCCUCGGCUCCUCCAGCGAAAUCUCGAUUUCAAUCGGACACAAAAGUCAGGCAUCGGGCCUUAUUGUACAUUACGCCAGUGUUUCGCUGAACCUAUUGCUGCCACGUUCGCUCGGUUGUACCUCACUGUCAAUUCGUUCGACCGUUGAAUUUGAUUACGGCAAGCCAAGAUCGCGCUCAAGUGUUUCUUCGUAUUGCGUCACACAAUCCCUGAAAAACGAGCCUUUUUUUUUUCUGGAACAGUCUGCCUGUCGGAUCAUCAGGAUCGUCUUUAAAAAAAAAUGCCUAAAUCGUUCCUCUUUACUCAUCGACGUUACAACAUCAGCCCCGUUCCUACCGAAGAGGCAGCAUCGAUUGCAUCAUCGCUCCGGAAUGGUAAAGAUGACGUUGCUGCUGUUGUGUCCGUGGUCAAACCAGUCCAGCAACCACAACGUUACAUUCAGCAACAACAUAGGAAGGCAAACAGCAACCCGCAAAACUAUCCGGCGUUCCCUCUGUCGCCUGGCCAAGGAACUGUAGCCGAGCUAAAAUCACCUGGACGACCGCAAUCCGCCCGCAUUUCACCCGUCAUCGGAAGUGGUAGUAUUAUGACACCGGAUGGCCGCCUCCAGCACCACGGCACUACGAUUCCCGAAGAGAUGUACAACUUGUUCCAGUUAGCUGAAGUCAGUCUGGCUACUUCAGGCGGGAGCGAAUUCCGUUCUGUGCUGGAACGCUGGCGCCAUCAACAGCAAGGCUUGGUGAUGGCACGAGCUUUGAAAAGCCCAGUUGUCAAAAUGCUGGACAUGUCCAGCUGCUCCAGUCAUUCAACGCCGGUGCUGGAUAAACCGCUGGAUUUGAGCCGCGAUCCAGCAACAACCGCCACGUCGAGCGAAGUCCGCAUUUUAACACCGUCACCAUCGCCAACGCCUUCCGAGACUCAUCUCACCAUUAAUCUCGGCCUGCGCAAGAAAUCACCGCAAUCCAGCAGGGCCGCUUCAUCCGAAGCUGAAGACGACGAAGACGAUGACGAAGAUGUCGAUGAAUUGGAUGCCACAGAUUCUUGCUGGUCGCCUGAUGAUGUCACUUCGUGCAAGUCCGUGUCUGUCGUUGUGAAAGGGCCAAGUGCUAGCAAUAGCAGCAACAGUGGCGAUAGUCACACAGGGCCAGACGGACAUGAAUGUCCCGAUUGUGGCAAGCGCUACAGCACUUCUUCCAACCUGGCCAGACAUCGACAAACUCAUCGAUCACCAGCUGACCAAAAGGCGAGACGCUGUCCUCAUUGCGACAAAGUUUACGUUUCAGUUCCGGCUUUCUCAAUGCACGUCCGCACUCACAGCCAGGGUUGCAAGUGUCCUUACUGCGGUAAAUCAUUUUCCAGGCCAUGGCUGUUACAGGGCCACAUACGAACCCAUACAGGCGAGAAGCCUUUCACCUGUCAAAUCUGUGAGAAAGCGUUUGCUGACAAAUCCAACCUACGAGCCCACAUCCAGACUCAUUCCAAUUUGAAGCCGUUCACGUGCCAACGUUGCGGCAAAGCUUUCGCUCUCAAAUCCUAUCUUUACAAGCACGAAGAGUCGUCGUGCAUGAAAAUGGUCACCAAAGGUCCCGCUCCUGAUCCCAAAGACGAUUAAAGUCCAGUCAGUCAAUAGCCUAUAUACAUUAAGGAUAAAGAUUAGUCGAUCGGCUAUUUUGCCAAAAUUAUACAUACUUACGAAACUCUCCAUUGAUAGACAUUAGGAUUCGCCAUUUUUGAUGCAAAAGGACCUGGUAUUAUAAGAGUAUUAUAAAUUUAAGAAAGGAUGAUUAUUCUAAGUCCCGUAAACAUUAUGUGUAGAUAGCCGUAAGUGUUUCUCUUUUUUCUUCUAUUUCAAAUACUUGGUAUUACGAAAUCAUAAAAAACAGCUAGGCACUCCAAAGAAAAAUUUGUUUUUGCGGUCAAACUGUUCUAGCCUUGCCUCAAUCGAGGGGAACAAAAGACGACGAUAUAUUUAUAAUCUUUUGACGUGUAAACUUUGAGAGCAUUUGAUCAGCCUUUUGUUUGAACUGGGUUUGUUCUUCGUCUUGACAAAUGGCGAGAGGGAACCUUUCGAAGAAUUGAUUAGUUGAAAACAUUGUAGCCCUAAGAUAUGUAUGACUAUUUGUAGGGACCACUUUUCUUCAUUCGAUCGGAUUCCACGCAAGUGUAGUCACGCCAAUAUAGUGCCUCAUAAUACUCCAAUUCAAAAUGAUAAAAAUAUUAGAGUACUUUUCCUUAAAAAGUUAGCCAUAAUCAUUAGAACAAAAAAAACAGAAAAAGAAAAAAAGAUUUUGCCCUUGAUUGGGCGAAUUGAAUCUAACAGGGACGUUGAAAUAUGCUUGUCAAAGAAACAAUUCGUACACUAGUCUCUGUGUAUGCAAAUAUCAAGUGCCCUUGUUAAUAGUGAUGGUAUUGAACAUUUCAGAAAAAAAGAUUCGUUUCUUAUAUUUUACGUAUCAAUUUUCAUUUUCAUUUUUUUUUUUAAUUACCCUCCACUUGAGUGGAUGGCCUGCUAAGCACACAUGAAUUUUAGGUUCUCUUAAAAACAAAAAUGAAUGGAUAGUUAAGCUAAGGACGGAGUUCCUUUUUUUCUACAGUGACAAACAUCUUGUUCUGGUAUAGCCAUCUAGUCUUUCUUUAAAUCAACUCAGCGAUGGAAAAUUCAAAUUGUCGAACCGAGUAAAUACCAAACCUUGCUAUUCAUUGUGUGCCAAAUAUGAAGGAUAAAAUACUCAUAGUUUUGUCUGAGUCUUCUCGAUAUUUUCUGUUUUAUAAAACUCUCUACUUUUAUACUCCCUUCUCCGGAAUGUAAUUGACGAUUGAUGACUACUCAUUACUUUUGGAAAGACUUCGACAAUAAACAGUUUUAAGUUAAAACACUUAA